AUGGCUAUCAUGAGCAGCCGUCGUCGAAGGAGCCGGCCAUGCAAGAGUGGCGGCAACGCGUCUACCAACCGCGGCACACCUAACAGGGUGGGAAUGUAUGAGUGGAUGGAGAUGCUGGGCCACACAGUACAGCACAGCACAUGCCUUCGUGUUGUUCCGCGUCUGUCUAACACGGUACUAGACCGACAACGUAAACGCUCUCAACGUCAUCCACGUUGCUGGCACAAAGGGGAAAGGUAGCACCUGCUCCUUCACGGAGUCCUUCUUGCGCGCACAUUCCGCACGCACAUCAUGCCCGACGAAGACCGGACUAUACACCUCACCACACUUGAUCGAUCCUGAGGAGAGGAUCCGCAUCAACUCCAAGCCUCUCUCGAAAGCAAGCCUUGCCAAAUACUUCUUCGAAAUCUACGACAGAUUGCCGCAGUUGUUGACCGAAUUCGAUCCUUCCCAGGCACCUGUGCAGCGAGGCCCACGAUACCUGCAGCUGUGGGCUCUGCUCGCAUUCCACGUCUUCAUUCGCGAGGGUGUCGACGCUGCCGUCAUAGAGACCCAUGCUGGUGGUGAAUACGACGCUACAAACUUCGUCACAAGACCAGUCGUGGCCGCCGUCACCACGUUAGGUAUGGACCAUAUAGAUAUGUUGGGCCCCGGAUUGGACGACAUUGCCUGGCACAAAGCUGGAAUAUACAAAGCGGGCACUGCUGCGUUGACCACGACGCAAGCAUCUUCAGCACUGAGAGUGUUACAGCAGAGAGCACGACGAAUUGGAGAGCAUCUCAGAGUUGUCGAGGAAGAUUCGCGGUUGAACCUCGACUUGCCGCAGCUUGCGAUUCCUGUACAGCGCAUGAACGCUUCUUUGGCUGCGGCCGCAACUGAGGAGUAUCUUUCACGUACAGCUUCUACUCGACCAGUGCGACUAAGCGCAGAAGAUGUGCUAGUCGGUGUGCAACAAUGGAAUUGGCCAGGCCGCUUCCAGAUCUUGCCUCAGGGUCGGCAAACUUGGUUCCUGGAUGCUGCUCACAAUGACAUGAGCGUCGCUCUUGCCGCUCAAUGGUUCCAGCAAAGCAGCCUUGCACUCUCGCCCACGGCGCAGGACGUGAUGCGUGUACUGAUAUUCAGCCACAUCAAUGAGCUACGAGACGCAGACAUGCUACUUGACUCUUUGGUUCGUGCGUUAAAGGCUUGCAACGCUGAUAUCCAUCACGCCAUCUUUACUACCUACACUCCGUCCCGCACUACCUGUGUGCGAAAAUCUCCGAAACCAAACGACUUCGAGCGCAUCUGGGCGAGGAGCAUGCCUGAUUCACAAGUGUCUUUGACAUCCACGAUAGAAGAAGCCAUCGGCAUUGCAAGAGUGCUCUCCAAAGGAACCGACAACACGCAUACACUAGUGACAGGCAGCCAAUCUCUGGUCGGUCCCGCUCUCAAUAUGCUUCGCAAGGCGACCAUGGACAAGUGA